AUGGCGCCGACGCGCGUCGCCGACGCGCGUCGACGCGGGCCGCACGCGCGCGGGGUCGCGCUCUUCGUCGCGCUCGCGCUGCAGUACGCGUCGCAGCCGUUCCUGCGCGCGCGCUACGCGGCGAACGCGCGCGCGUCGGCGCUCGUGCUGAGCGUCGAGAUCGCCAAGGCGACGCUGUGCGCGUGCGCGCUGCUGCGACGACGCGAGACGCGAGGGGCGCUGCGACGGGCGUCCGCGCGGUCGCUGCUCGCGUCGGGCGCGCCGGCGGCGGUGUACGCGGCGCAGAACGUGCUGCUGCAGAGGGGCGCGCGCGCGCUGGACGGCGUGACGUUCAACUGCCUGAACCAGACGAAGCUCGCGAGCGCGGCGGCGUUUCUGUGGCUGGGAGGGGCGCGGCAGAGCCGAGCGCAGUGCUUGGCGCUGGUGGGGACGCUCGCGGCGGCGGUGAAUCUGUUCGGGGGGGAGACGGCGGCGAGCGGCGGCGGCGGCGCGGCGAGCGCGGCGGCGCGCGCGGCGGGCGCGACGAGCGUGUUGGUGGCGUCUGCGCUGUCGGGAUUGUCGGGAGCGAUGUGUCAGUUCGCGCUGCAGGGGAGCGAGAAGCUUCCGGCGAUGAUGACGCUGGAGAUGGCGAUCACGGGGGUGCCGAUGGUGUUGCUCGCGGAGCGCGUCGCCGCCGGCGACGAGUUUCGCCUGAGCGCGGUGUACGAGUCGUGGACGGCUUGGGCGCUCGUUCCCGUGCUGUCGAGCGCGAUCGGUGGGAUACUGGUGGGGGAGAUCACGAAGCGAUUAGGUUCGAUCGCGAAGGGGUUCGCCGUGACGUGCGGUUUGGUGCUGACGGGGGUGUUUCAGAGCGUCUUCGCGGGCGCGGCGCCGCCUCGCGCGCACGUCGUGAGUUUGAUCGUCAUCGUCAUCAGCACUUGGGUGCACACCGCGUUUCCGCCAGUCGAGAAGCGUAAGAAGAAGCGCAAGACGGGUUGA